CGCAUUUGAGCUUCAGUUGAGAGGCGACGUUGGGUUCGGAAUGUCACAAACGGGCAGAUCGUGUGCCUUUUACAUUAAUUUAUUAGUCGGUGUGAAGCUAAGUUGAAUCAAAUGAAAUCAUAACGCUCUAUUGUUUAGCUUCCUAUAGGAAGUACGCGUAUUUAACCUCCGAAUCUGUUUGUGUUCUGAAAUACCAAAGCCCAAUGAACAUUACACUGCCAAUUAAAGCCGAGUGAGAAUAAAUAAGUUUUUUAUAACUAGCAAAUUUCUGAGAAUUUGCAUUUUCUAUUGUUCGGAAUCUUAUCGGAUCUUGGUCAAAUGUUCUAUUUACACUGUCAUUGAAAAUAAUUAAAAUCCUUCGGUUAGCAUAAGGGCAAAAUUACUGUGAGUCCCAGGGUAGAUAUACAUUUUAACGAGCGGUACGCAAAUGAGAAGGUGGUCUAGGAAGUCUAAACAUCGAAGUUAAUUUACACAGACUUUUCUUGCUAAGCUCCCUUGUCGGGUUCCAAUUUUUUUUUAUAAUUGGUACCCCAUAUAACGCGAAUAGAUAAAGUUCUACCUGUGCCACGGAUUUUGGGGUCUGGGUCUCAAUUCAUUAAGUCCAGAGCUCUCGACGCGAGCGGUUGAUCUGUUCUGAUCUCUCGGAGUGUCGUGUUUAUAUUACUGCUCUGAUUCCGAACCGCCGAUUAGCGUCAGUUGCAAUCAGCUCGAAUCAGCAGUAAUUCAAUCAGAGAUAUGGUGGGAAAAAUUGUACAGCUUGUGGUGGUGGCUCUGCUCAUCUCCUGGACGGAGGCUCAGACCGAACCCCACUACGAGGAUCCCAACAAUCUCAAAGUCUGGCUGACCAUCAGUGCCCGCAAGAGAUUUCUGGAGGUCUCCUGGAGUAAUGCUCCGGCGAACAAGGGUGACCAAGUCCUCGUGACGAAGGAGGAUGCGCUCACCUUCCAGACAAAAGUGCUGCCCAAGCGCACUCCUUUAGCCUCCUUCCGCAGCGAGGAGGGAAGUGGUUCCGGCGAAGGAUCUCCCAGCUAUGUUCCCAUCAGUGGGUUUACAACCAGACCGGAAACCCAGUCGAGCUCUAAGGAGGAGAAAGAGCAGUACUGGGUGGCCAAUGGAGGCGCCACAGAUGUUGUGGCUGCCAUUAAACCAAGUCAGGGAUUGUCCACCCAGUGGUUCACCACUGGACUACCCUAUGAUUAUGCCUUGUCCAGGAAUGUGACAGUUCAAACCUCCUGCUACGGCUUUUGGGCCAGUUACAUCGAUGGACAGGGCAAUAUCUUGUCCAAAACAUGCCUCAAGGGGUUUCCUCGCUGGAUGAACGAUCUGAAGUCUAAAAUAGGAGAGAUGCGCUUGCGAGAUCUCUUUAUUCCCGGAUCCCACGACUCCGGCUCAUAUCGUCCCAAUUUCGAUCCACUGCUCAGGGAGAGUUUGGUGACCAAGUACGCCCUGACCCAGGAUGAGGAUAUCCGGGGGCAGUUGAUGCAUGGAGUUCGCUAUCUGGAUAUACGGGUUGGGUACUACCGAAACUCACCGGACCCGUUCUUCAUCUAUCACGGGAUCACCAAACAGCGGCCUCUGCAGGAGGUUAUCAAUCAGGUUCGGGACUUUGUCCAUGAGACCAACGAGAUUGUCAUCUUCGGACUCAAGGAGUUCCCAGUUGGCUUUGGCAAGGGACUAGGUGUUCAUCGCCUGCUGGUCAGCUAUUUGCGCGACCAGUUCCAGGACCUCAUUGCUCAUCCUUCACUGACCUGGCGGGCUUCCUUGCGCGACAUUUGGGCCCGAAGGCAGAAUGUGUUUCUGGCCUACGACCAUGAGGCCAUGGUGGAGGAGUUCCCAGAGGUAUUGUUCGGGUCCGUGGAACAACGUUGGGGAAACAAGCAGACGUGGGCACAACUUGAGGGCUAUUUGCGCAACGUUAAUGACUUCGACGUAUCUCGAUUCUCCAGCCGACCUGUGUCCGAUAUGGCGGAGCUGACCCCGGAGACCUGGGACGUCAUCCUGGACAAAACCGGGGGUCUGCGCAAGAUGGCCGAUAACGUGAAUUGGCGGGUCUCGCAGCUCUAUCGCAAUGAACUGGGCACAAAUGCCAAUAUAGUGUCCGUGGAUUUCGUACGGGGCACCACAAUCGUGGAGACGGCUAUAGAAUAUAAUACGCGUAGGAUUUAUAUGUAGAGGGAAUUCUCUUUUUUCGGGGUCACAUUUA